GUGUUCAUUCAAGUUGUUUAUUGAAUUUUCAUAAGUUUUAUAGAAACCCCAAGAUGUUUUUGAAGGAAAAAUCAAUUUUGGAUGGAAUAAACCAAAACCCAGUUGAGGUUUCUCGGGAAACAAACAUAAACUUUGAAGGAAUGGCAUCGGUGUUCUUGUACCAUGUGGUGGGGGAUUUGACGGUCGGAAAGCCGGAACUGGAAGAAUUCACCGAAACGGAGACGUUGGAGUCCGCCGUAAGAGCAAUAAGAGAAUCAACAGAGUGUGGGAUACCAGUUUGGAAGAGAAGAACACAUCCGGGAAUGGUUGAAAACAAUGAGAUGAGACAACAGAGAUUUGUUGGGAUUCUAACAUCACUCGAUGUCGUCUCAUUUUUAGCCAAAUCUCAGUGCUUGGAUGAUCAUGUCAAAGCUAUCAAAACACUAGUUUCUGAUGUUGUUGUCCCAAACAAUGGUCUCUUAAAGAUUGUUGAUCCUGGCACCAGACUGAUAGAUGCACUGGAGAUGAUGAAGCAAGGUGUGAGGCGACUUCUUGUUCCGAAGAGCGCGGUAUGGAAAGGAAUGAGCAAGAGAUUCUCGAUCAUUUAUCACGGGAAGUGGCUCAAGAACAUGGAGGGUAGCUGCAAUAACCUCGGUCUUAAUACCGGUUGUCCUUCGCCAUCGUCGUUGUCCUCUUCCGCUUCGUCGACCUCUGCCUACAUGUGCAACAACCGCUUUUGCUGUCUGUCGAGAGAAGACAUAAUCCGUUUCCUCCUCGGUUGCCUUGGUGCUUUAGCUCCACUCCCCCUGGCAUCUAUUUCCUCGCUCGGAGCUAUUAACCAAAACUAUUGCUCUAUCGAUGCCUCCCUCCCGGCUUCCGAAGCUAUGCAAAAACAUCCCGGUGAUCCGAGCGCAUUCGCCAUAAUGGAGAGCACGCCAGAAGGUCACCACAGAAUCUUAGGAGAGAUCUCAGUCUCUAAACUAUGGAAAUGUGAUUAUUUAGCUGCAGCAUGGGCUUUAGCCAACCUCUCGGCCGGACAAUUCGUAAUGGGGAUCGAGGAUAACGUGAGUUCGAGAUGGCUCAACGACAUUUGUGAUACUUCAAAGCCAAGGAAACACGUUAGUACAAACUGCGGGUUCAAUCCAUCAGGACCGAGUUUCGGAGUCGGCCGGAGCACGUAUAGGGGCAGAAGUGCACCCUUGACGUGUAAAACGACAAGUUCGUUGGCUGCAGUCAUGGCUCAAAUCCUGUCUCAUAGGGCAACCCAUGUUUGGGUGACCGAAGGUGAAGAUGAUGAUGUCGAUGUUCUUGUUGGGGUGGUGGGUUAUACCGAUAUUUUGGCUGCAGUCAUCAAACAACCGACCUCGAUGGUGCCCGGAUCUCGAUCGAACACGGAGCUUCGCUCGGAAAUGCAUCAUUGA